AUGUCCCUGCAUGAAAACGAAGAGGCCCAGCCCCUGUCGGCCGAGGAUCAGCCCUUCUUCGAAGCUGUGAAGGCGGAAUUCGGCGACCAGUGCACGGACGACCUCGCGAUCCGCGUGGCUCGCGCAUAUCGAGGCGUAAAGAAGAACCGGAAGGAAUUUACGAUCGUUGAGACCAGGAAGAUUCUGGACGCUCGAGCUGCUCACGAUACCGACAACGUCCUCAAACGCGACUUGCCUAUGUCUAAAAUGUACAACGAGUACUGGCCGACCUACAUCUACGGUGAAGAUAAAGAGGGACACCUCGUUACCGUAGAUCGCCUCAGUGAUAUCAACACGGACGGCUUGUUCAAGACAUUCACGAAUACCGAAGAUAUCAUCCCACACCGAUGGCAGUACAUGGAGCGUAUCCAAUGGGAGAAAGUCGCCAUCUCCAAGCGACUCGGUCGUCGUGUAUACAAGCAUAUUUGUAUCGUGGACCUCAAGGGUCUCAGCAUGAAGCUCUUAGCGCCGUCGGUGUUGAGUCACCUCAAGCCUAUCUUCGACGUGGGUCAGCUUUACUACCCGGAGACACUGCACUGCCUGUACGUGGUGAACGCACCGUUCAUUUUCUACAGCGCUUGGAAGGUCAUCUCGGCUAUUAUCCAGCCUGAAACCCGUGAAAAGAUUCAAGUGUUUGUAAGUAAUCUGUCUUGAGCUUGCUGCUAGGUGCUUUUUGAUGAGUGUCAUGCUUUUGUGAUAAUGCAGAAAGACAUGAAGGCAUUCUUGGAAGUGGCACAGAACCACGGCAUCCCAUUGUCGUCGCUUCCGUCCUACAUGGGUGGAUCGCACCCAGGACGCGUCAUGAACAACACCUUCACGGCAUCGGAGCCUGAUACUCCGUUCCCUGUGCCUGCCGUGGCUACAGUGACGACGGAGAAGACGACCCCAACUGAAGCCCCUGCCGGACUUGAAGUGUGCGCAGGGAACUAGAAGUGUAGAUAUAUCGAAGAGGAGAAAUUUUAAGCAAUAAUGACACGAAUUUCCAUUCAAAAAAGCUA